CGAAGCAAGAUGAUCAGUGGAAAAACCUUCUUGCUUGGAUUGAUUUUGCUGAGCUGCUCUUUUAGUGUCAAAUCUAAUCCAACUACUGGUUCAAUUGAGGAAGACUGCGGGAUCGGCAAUUCAAAUCUGUGGCAUGUUUUUAUCCAAAGGACCAUACACUCUGAGAAUGCACCAGUCUGUGGGGGAACUUUGUUGAAUGAUCAGUUUGUUAUAACGGCUGCACAUUGUGUUUAUGAUUUAACUGGAGAUGAGAUCGAUAUCAGCGAGCUCAGAGUUUCAGUGAUCAGAGAUGGAAUCACAUUGAGUGUGGGAAUAAAACGAAUAUUUAAGCUGGAAAUGUUCCAUGUAGACAAGUUUGACUAUGAUGUUACACUUCUGAAACUUAAAGUUCCUGUGAGUUUUGUCGAGAACUAUGUUUGCUCUGUGGCCACUGGCCUUUCUCCUCCGACCGGUUCUGUUUCUGUGACAAUCGAAAGUAUUCAUUUCCAUGCUCCAAAAACAAUACAAUUGCCAAUUUCUAAUACUACUCUAUGCCAUGGAACAAAUAGUCAUAUUUUUGGACAAACUUAUCAAGAAGCCUUCUGUAUGGGAUCUAUUCAAUUCAACGACAAUUUUCAAAUCAACCGUGGAAGUGGAUUACUGCAACAAAUCAACAAUCGCUGGCAUUUGGUGGGGAUUCUAUUGUAUACAACGGGUCCCAACAACAUGACCUCCACAUUUGGAUGCGGAAUAAAUAUUUCUCCUUAUUGGUCCUGGAUUAAUCGAAUCGCUUUUCGUGACAUUAGGAAAUCGGUCUCUGAGCAGAAAUGCGACGAAUACAAAAAAAUAUUUAAUCAUAAAGCGUACGAAUCGUCUAACGUACCAACAAUAACUCUGAAUAAACCAGGCGAUUUUUUAGUAGAUCCCGGCUGCUUUGGAACAUUAAUUAGCGAACGCUUCAUUUUGACUUCUGCCAUCUGCUUAUCAGGAAUAACCUCAGUAUUUAUGCAAUAUGGUAUCAUGUCGAUGAAACGGUUCACCAAUUUCAAAUUGCACUAUUAUCCGUAUGACGAACACCACGAAAAACUAGCAUUGCUCGAGUUGGACGCAGAUGCGCCAAUGGCGACAUUUAUUCAUUGUUUGUGGAACGACAUUGACGAACUGAAUGGUGUAGCGAAUGACAUAGAGCAUUACAUGUCAUUUUUCAAAUCCAAAAUAAGUGUUUCGCUAAAGCCGGACAACUCAUUGAUGGUGACAUUCACGGAAGGAUGUGACAGGUUCACGGCAUCACAGAUUACCAAACCAGGAGACGGCAUCACAUUCCAGAAAUCGGAUGAAAAAGUAAGACGUGUCAUUGGAGUGAUGAAUCAACCCCCAACGGAUUGCAGCAACAUUCCGACCUCAAAUGUGGUUUCGUAUCUUGAUUGGAUUGAAGCAACAGUUUGGGGAAAGUCAGCCUAAAGAAACCAGAUUGUGAAUUUGGAACAGUUUCAACUUUCUACAAAUAAUGUUUGACCUUAGCUUUUAGGUGGAGUAAAUAGAUUCCGGAAUUCGAACUCUGAAAUAAAUUAUAAUCAUCCUUGUUCACGAGUAACAUGCCCAACGUUGAAAAGAUCAAUCAAAUUUAUUUUAGA